AUGCCGCGCGAGACGGACGCACGCGCCGAGCGCUCCGCUCCCGAGCCCGCUAACAUGCGUACGACUGCUCCGGCGGACAGGGCCGCGUCCCUGCACGCUACUGGGGUCGAGUCGAGUACGUCAGAGACGCUACCGAGCACCUCUGAUAGUACUCCUCCCCCAACGAGCGUCGACGAAAGUGUUAUCAACUGUGCACAUGCAGUUCGCGUCACCCGCGUUAGUGAUACUGCGUUUUCGAUCACGCGCGAGUGUUGUGCGUCGAUGCAGCAGCCAUUGGAGACGCCUCCGGACGUCCCCACAACGCAGCAGGACAGCGAAGAUGCACUGCAGCUACUUUUAGGGCUGAUGCCACAUGCAGCCACUGCUCCUCUUGGCGACGACACGGAUAAUGAAGAGGAGGAGAUGCAGGUGGAAAACCCACAGGCAAACGCCCAAGCCAGUUCGUCACGAUCCUCGCGAAAGAGGCAGAAAUCGGACGACGAGUCCUCAGCCCCGGACGCGCGCAAAUUCCGGAAGGAAAACGCGCCAACCGGGACAACACCGCGCCGCCGCGCGCGCGCCCCAAGGGUUGACAAAGACGGCUUCACGCCAGCGAAGAAGACCGCAAAACCCAGGCAACAGCUGACCACAGCACCCCUUGGCACAAGCAAUUCCUUCGACGCCCUCAGCGACUCGGAAGACGAGGACCUGGCGCUGCCACCACCGCAACAGCGACAGACGCCGCCGCCGCUCGUGAUCAAGUUUGAAGGGCAUUUUCGCGAGCUUCAGAACGCUCUUAACUUGCUGAUCGGCAGGGACAAUUAUAGUGUCAGCGUGUCAGGCGAAGACCUGCACAGAGUGAAAGUUAAGAGCAGUGAACACUUCGCAAAACAACGACGAGUUCCGGCGGGAAACUCUCACCCACGUGGAGCCCCAGCGCCCGCCAACAGCCGGACAAAGAGAAGACGCGGUCGCCGAGGCCGCGCCACCGGAAGAGCGCAUUCCGGAGCGGUCGUCAACCCCGGCCAGCAGCAGGGGAACUCCAACGCCCGGAACAAAGAACCGCAGCGGCACCACAGGCAGCCGCAGAACACCGCCCCGGCAGCAAAAGGAAAUGGCGGACCAGCUCCGCACGCCGCCAUACUCCAGGUACCUGCGCGCCAACCCGCAGCCCCUGCAGCAGCUCACCAGGCCGUAGCUCCGCCCUCCCCGCUGCAGCGCGAGGCCAGGACGGCGGCGCAGCGGGUGGUAGCCCCGCCUCCCGCGCCCCUGCCACGGCAAGCGGCCCCCUCGGCCGUUCCUCGCACCGGCCGGGCGGACCAAUCAGCGCAGCCCGCCCCGGACCAGAACAGCAUGGCGGACUUUCCGGAGCCGCGAUGGCGGCAGCAGCGGCCAACCACGGCUCAGCAGCGACCUCCACGGCAGCAGCGGCCAACCACGGUACAGCAGCAAACUCCCGCAGCCCAAGUCGACGCCUGCCAACAAAAUGGCGGCAGCCUGGAGACUGGAAGCGGCCAUGUUGUCGGGCCCCGACAAGAUGGCGACCGCAUUGACCGCCUCCUCGACACAAUGCAGCACAUGAUGGCUCGCAUGUCCGAGCUAAUGGCCGCAGUACACCAG